AUUCUUUAUAUUUACUCAAUUCAUAUAAACAAAUUCGCCAUCAUUUAAAGUCACUGUACUUUUUAUUUGUCUGUUUUAUAAACUGGUCUCUUUUAGGGGUCUGCAUAAGCUUCGGCCACGCCCAGAUUGGUCUCUUUUAGGGGUUAAAUUCAAAAUUUCCGACGAGCAUCCCCGUCCGCUCCAUAUAGGAGUCCUCCCUCCCCCCGGGCAUUUCUGCUGCAGAAUUUCUUUUUCAAUCCAGAUUUUCGCACACAGGUAUAAUCGAGCAAGUGUAAAAUUGAUGCUUACCGAUUGCUUUAUAAUAUAUUAAGCUUGUACAAUGAUCUGUUUUCCAUACUUAGCAAUAAGAUUGAAACCUAGAUUUUAACUACGCUGAUGAUAAUGAUAUUACUUCUACCAGGAACUUUACGUGAAUUCGCUUUAAAUUGCUAUAAACUAAUUGUACACGAUGGAGUUAAAAAGAUCACGAAAACCUCCGAGAUUCUCUGAUGUUUUGACCCAGUGAAUACUUAAAAGAGGAAAUGUUGUGGACCAGAAACAAGCUUUCGUGGUUGCAUGAAGUAAGGUAUGAGCGGAUUAGCCUCUACAAACCGAUGAAGCUUUCCUUUCAUUGCUAAAAUAUCGUCUUAUUCUUUGUCAGCGGGUGUUAAUCAAGACCACACAGUAAUAUACAAUGUUUAUUACAUACAUACAUACAUACGUAUACAUACAACCUUUAUUUAUACAAAACUUAAGGUAAAGAUAAGGUAAAUUAAACUAAAUUAAGGUAAAGAUAUUUCUUAGGUCAUCCAUUUGGACCUCGAGAGAAUUGAUCUUUCAUGAUUGAGGUCUCCCCGGACAUCUUUCUUUAGUUUGGUGGUUCUCAAGCAUCUACUAAAAACGAUGGGCUAGUUUAUAAAAACUGUUCGUGGAAGAAGUGCUGCUCAGAGAGUGUUUCUUUACAGUAACGAUAGCAGUGUUCUAAACUCACAGCUAGAUUUUAAUUGGGGUGACUGUAAGGUUGCAUUGACAAUCAUGGGACAAGCCAUUUGCUUGUGACAGGUUUGCUCGCGAAAUUAAAACCAUUUAGCUAGACCCCUGCCGCUUAACCUUGGCAAUGGCCCUCAGUCCUCAGAUGGUUUCGUUUUAAUCCAUUUGUCGCUUCUUUCCGUUGACAAAGAGUGUUUCCUCGAUUAUGUUUAAAACUCUGAGUCAAACCGCGAGUCGGUAUUUAAGUGUUCUGACGUUUCUUCUAACAGUAAACCGCAGGUGUGUGACCAUUCAAGUAAAGCUAUUGAGCAGUAUUUUAAUGAAGAAUUCAUAAGCCAACGCCUAUAGUUGGAAGAAGGAAGUAAUAAGGAUUUCGAUAAAUGAGGUUAUAAUCAUUGAGAUCAAGAUAAUAAACUUUGCCUGGCAAUCUGUCACAUACGACUUGCUUUGUGUUUACAACCGGCCGGCACGGGUCAUGAGAAGCACUCCUAUACCGCGUGAUUUCGGUUCAAAAAUGUGAUAAACGCCUGGAAAACGUUUUUGACUAAGCACUGUCAAAGGAAAAUAAUUUGCAAGAAUGAAGGUCAUUUUAAUGGUGAAAACAACUUGAAUUAAUUCCAGCAACCUCGACUGGAAUUUAUGGUCAUGUCGUCAGUUGUAGAGUUGCGCUAAAACUUCCUGAGUUUUCUGACGUAGUGCAGUAAGUUCGAAGUGGGUGCUAAAUAUAGCCUUGAUUCACACCUUAAAUGCUGAACACGCGGUUUACCUGUAAGCACGAAUACUCAUUAUUGAAACCCAUCGGCAAAGAAAACAAAGAAACGCCAUAGCUAUAACCUGAGCAGAUAUAAAACUACCAAAGUCUCGUCUUUAAGGCUUCAGGCAGAGACUGAUUCAAGAGCCCGUUUGAGAAGGCAAAGGAUUGCUUUAGUUUUAUUAGGAAUAGAUACGUGUUUUUACCACAGCUUACAGCCAACAAGACACUUCCUUCAGGAAAAUGACCAUGAUAAUGGACACUGCCGGACAAGACAAGCAAGCAGAAAUGAAUGGUAUUUUCGGACGCCUGCCACCUUGUGCAAUGAAUGGGUACAACUAUGGACCUCCACCUGGCAUGGAUUUCUACGAUCCUGCUGAAGCCUCGAUGUAUGGUCCUCCAAGAAAACAGCGCCGAGAGCGAACAACAUACACCAAAGCUCAGCUUGAAAUUUUGGACGAGCUCUUCACCAAGACAAAAUAUCCUGACAUCUUCAUGAGAGAGGAGGUUGCCAUGAAAAUCAAUCUACCAGAAAGCAGAGUGCAGGUGUGGUUUAAAAACAGAAGAGCGAAGUUUCGACAGCAGAACAAGCAACAACAAGGCACUCAAAGCAAGCCCAAGCCAGCAGUAGCCAAGAGAAAAUCGCCAGCACCGGCCAUACAACAGGCACAAGAACCUGCAGCUAAGAGUACUGUCCAAGUUCCUCCGCAACAAUUCAGCAACUUCAGCUUGAAUGGAACCACUUGGCCGCCAAAUAAACACAACAUUCAAGAAAUGGCAAACUUCCACAGACAAGCCAACUACCAGAAGUUUAUCAAUAACGGUAUAAAUGGAUUUUCGUCGAAUAACUUUAACACAACGUCUUCGCAGCCUCACUUUCACCCCAGUCAUGAACAAUAUUUUUCUUACAUGGCAAACAAUGGUCCGGUAACAAACGAGUUGUCGAGGAACAGAAUAGUCGACUCAUCCGUUAUGAUGUGUUAAAGAUACGUUCAGAUGAACUUACCGAUACAUCUGUAACUAUAGAAAUCUUUUACAAAGUUGAGGAUAAGUCUACGAAGUAUUAACUGUAUAUAUGACAUAGUUACAAACUGAAAAAGAAUAGCAUCGCUUUUAAUGUAUUUUUAACCGGCUAGAAAAACAGGUUCCACUUUUGCCAAAAUUUGUCAAAGAAACCAGACAGGUUUUCCAUUUCGCUUUUGACCAGUUAAGAAGUACAUAUAAAUAGAGGUAAAUAUUUUUGACGAAAACCGUAACUUUCAUCAAUUAUCGAACAGGUUUUUAUAUUAAUCGAACAAAAGCUCUUGUUUACGCUACAAUUCGCGCUAGUAUUGCAUGUGGUUGCAGACAGCUUUAGAGGACUGAUUCCAAGUACGGUAAUUCAUCAUAUGAACUCUCUCAUCGUGAAUUAAACUGACUCUUUCGGGAUUGACAAUAUUAUUCGGGACAUUGACUCCUGUAUGAGAUUGGCGUUAUAUCUAGUCGUAGCUAUAAGUGAAGGAACAAUUUAAGCCAUUAGCUUGUCCAGUGUAAACACUUUCUACCUUUUCACGAUCGACGUCACAUACUGUAAAUAGCUCACUUCAUAAUUAACAGCAAAAACGUAUGUAAAGAACAAACUUAGACCAUCACUGGACUAUAUGUUUUAUUGAGGAUAGGUAUUUGAUAUUAUUUGAGGCUUGGAAAACAAAUAAAGGGUUGUGUUUUUCCUA